AUGGCCGACGGCGCCGGCCCCGCAGAGGCGCCCAGUCCGAGGGGCUCCCCGGGCCGGGCGCCCCGGGUCCCGCGCCCGGGCGGCGGCGGCGGCGGCGGCGGCGGGGAGCCCCCGAGGACGCCGGCGCUGGCGCUGCGCUUCGACAAGCCUAUCAAGCAGGCCUUCUACAACACGGGGGCCGUGCUGUUCGUGUGCCUGUGCUGCGGCGCCGCCGUGCUCGUCUACUUCAUCCUGGAGGCCUUCCUGCGGCCGCUGCUCUGGGCCGUGCUGUGCGGCACCUUCCUGCACCCCUUCAAGAGCUCCCUGACGCGCCUGGGCCGCCACUGGCUGCAGCGCCUGCACCGCGCGCACACGCCCAUCGUGCUGGCCGCGCUGCUGCUGCCGCUCUGCUUCGCCGACUACGGCGUCGAGGCCCUGGGCGAGCAGGCGCUGCGCCGCCGCCGCCUGCUGCUGCUGCUGGGCGCCGGCGGCCCGCUCCUCUACGGCCUCUACAGCCUGGGCAGCUACCUGGGCGUGCAGGUGCUGCUGGCCUACGCCGGCGCGCUCAUCUGCCGCGGGCUGGACUACUUCAGCAGCCUGUGGAUCUGGACGUUGGUAGUUGGCUAUGUGUUGACUGUUUCAUUCAAGUGGAAUGCAAGCACUGAACGCUACUUGAGAGCAGUUUCAAUUCCUGUCUGGAUUAUAUUGCUUUUUCAUUUAGCAUCCCUGGCUGGCUCAUGGAGAAUUCCUGUAUUCCUGGUUAUUGUUUUCCUGAUGUCUGUGGGCACCCUCUAUGAGAAACAGAAUGGAAAAGAGUCUUCUGGAGCAGAGUUACCAGGGCAGGUUAUUUCCAUGGCAGCUUCUACCCUAGCAACCUUGGCCAUCUCUAUCACAGGAUAUGAAUCGAGCUCUGAGGACCAGCCCUCCACUGAACCUGCAGAGACCAUGGACAGAGGAGAACCCCCUCCAGCGUUAUCUUCAACUCCUUCACCUUCCUCCCCUUCACCCACCCUGGGCAGACAAAGGCCUGAAAUGGGAACAUUUGUCAGGAAGAAGAAAACCAGUGACAUCUACUUCGUGUCCCUCGUGUGGGCCAUUAUUGGAGUCCAGCUCUGGUUGAACCUGUGGAUUGUACAGUUGCUGCCAGUGCCUAUUGCAGUCUGGAUCCUCAAAAAGCUUGUUAUUCACUUUGGAGUUGUGGACUUCCUGGAGAAGCGCUGCCUCGUGUGGUGGCAGGCUGUAGAGCACUUCCUCAGGGAGCGGCAGGAGGCUCUUGCACCCUGGCCAGUUGUUGGGCUUGGAAAAUUCUUGUUAAAAGUUGAUAGCAAGCUCUGGCACUGGCUAAAUAAGAAGAUGAUCAUCUGGUUGGAGAAGAUGUUAGACAAAAUAAUAAGCAUUUUCAUCAUAUUUUUGUUAGUGAUAGGAACCCUUCUUUUAGCCCUACUCCUGACUGCAAAGGUACAUCAAGAGAGUGUACACAUGAUUGAAGUCACAAGCAAUUUGAUAAAUGAGACUCUAGCAAAUCACCCUGAGUGGGCAAAUUGGCUUCCUGAGGCUCAAGUAGUCCAAAGAGCCCUCAAUUCUGCAGCUAACAACGUAUACCAGUAUGGAAGAGAAUGGAUAACUCACAAGCUUCAUAAAAUUCUGGGAGAUAAGGUGAACAAUACUGCUAUGAUUGAAAAGCAAGUACUAGAACUUUGGGACAGAUUGUACCAUUCUUGGUUUGUAAAGAAUGUAACGCAUUCUGGAAGACACAAAGGACACAAGAUGCAUAUAAAUCGUCAGAAUAGCUGGCUGGGAGACAUUCUGGACUGGCAAGAUAUUGCUUCCUUUGUUCACGAGAACAUUGAGACAUUUCUCUCGAUCUUAGAGUCUCUGUGGAUUGUCAUGAGCCGGAAUGUGAGCCUGCUUUUCACUACUGUCACCACACUCCUGACCAUCCUCUUCUACAGUGGGACCGCCCUUCUCAAUUUCGUGCUGUCUCUGAUAAUUUUCCUGACCACACUAUUUUAUCUAUUAAGUUCCAGUGAUGAGUACUACAAGCCAGUGAAGUGGGUGAUAAGCCUGACACCACUGUCUCAGCCAGGCCCUUCUUCUAAUAUAAUUGGCCAGUCUGUGGAAGAAGCUAUCAGAGGGGUGUUUGAUGCUUCCCUCAAAAUGGCUGGCUUCUACGGACUGUACACUUGGCUGACUCAUACUAUAUUUGGCAUCAAUAUUGUCUUCAUACCAUCAGCUUUAGCAGCAAUCCUAGGAGCAGUGCCCUUCCUAGGGACAUACUGGGCAGCAGUACCUGCAGUUCUAGACCUGUGGCUUACACAAGGCUUAGGGUGCAAAGCCAUCCUACUGUUGGUUUUUCAUCUCCUGCCAACGUAUUUUGUAGAUACUGCCAUCUAUUCGGAUAUAUCAGGAGGCGGGCAUCCUUACUUGACAGGUUUGGCAGUGGCUGGUGGGGCCUACUACUUGGGCCUGGAAGGAGCAAUCAUUGGACCCAUACUUCUCUGCAUACUUGUGGUCGCUUCCAACAUCUAUAGUGCCAUGCUAAUGAGUCCUACAAAUUCAGUGCCCACGCCAAACCAGACCCCAUGGCCUGCUCAGACUCAGCGGACUUUCCAUGAUAUUUCUGAUGAUCUGAAAUCUUCCGUAGACUGACAUGGUUUGCACCACAGUGAUUUCUGUAGGAGGUUCAGUCUUGAUAGUGAGCCCAGCUCAGCUGUGGCCUUGUGUCCUUUCAUCUGUGCCUAGCAAGCAGAGCCCGGGGAAGAAGCCGAACCCUCCUGGCCUUCCAUACAGAAUACCUGGACAAGAGAGAACUUGCUGUGGGUUGCUUUGCCUUUUAAAGCACAGCUUUAGAGCUCAGAUUUGUGGUUUGCUCACUUACUCGAUGGCUUGAAAAGUUUCAGUUUAUACACUGGUACCAUGGCUCAAGAUUUCCCACUUUGGUUAUCUAUAUCAUUAUAAUAUGUAUUUAUAAAGUUAUUUCAAGAGCCCUGAACUACCUGCCGUUAAAAGUAUUCACAGCGUCAUUUUCUCCUGGUUUAAGAAAUCUGUUCUUAAACUUUUCUAUGACCGUCACUUUUUAAUGAAGAGGGUUUUUCAACUUUUGAAUAUGUAGUUGCUUGAGCAGGAAAAGGGAGUCUUCGACCCCUCUCCCCCAUGCAUGGUCCCUUCCGUAAGUGUAAGGCAGGAUGGCGUAUUUGAAGGUCAGCUAGUUGUGUGUUGCAACCAUAGGAGACACAGAAAAACAAGCUCUUCCUCCCCUUUCUCCUCCUCCCAUCCGCCAUUACGCUAUUGCCAAAUUCCUAAAACUCGGCUGACCACUUUGAAGUAAAAUGCUUAUUACGCUGCUAUUAAUGGUAACAGUACAACAGAAUUCAUGUCUGGUUCAGUUUUUCUUUCCAAAGGCCCUGAGUGAAAAAUCUCAGGAGUAGCAGUUCUCUGAGUUGUUAAAUGUAUCCCUGUUUACUUAUUUGGAAUUAUGCCAAUUGGUUACUUAUUAGCAGUAGAAUGUUACAUUCAGGUAGUAUUUUUCCAUCACUUAGCACAGUGCCUUGCACAUAAGACUCUAGGUGAAGGCGUGUCGAAUUAUGACUUAAGUCUCCCAGACAUCACAAUAACCAGCAUAGUGCUUUGCAUCUUACAAAGUCAUUUUGCGCAUAUUAUUUCACAGUCCCUUCCUGGCAGCUUUCAUAUAGCUUUAUGUCAUUUCAUACCACUUCCGUACAGAUGGGAAAACUAAGGUUCAGAAAAGUUUAGUAAGAUUUUUACCUCAAAUCUUUCUGACUCCAUAGCCUGCAAACUCUGCUAUGCUGUAUCAUUUCUUCCACAACUGUAUACAGUUUUCCCAGUAUUUGUCCUAUAGUUAAGGACAGGCUGGGACUAGAACCCAGCUCUUAGCUUGGUCUCCUUCCCACUGUACAAAACAAUCAUUGGGCGCUUUCUCCAUCCCCAGGGGAAUAGGAGGAGAAAGCGUUCCUUGAAUAUCAAAGACUUCCCUUUCAAAAACGCCUAAAAGUAAAAAUCAUUUUGUUUUCUAAACCAUCUGACUGAGAAGCAUAGUCAAUGAUAAUUAGCUUAAAUUUAUUCUGAUAUUACUUAAGAAAUUAACUCCGUAUAGGAAAAGAGGCUCCUGUGAGGGUUUUGACUGUUUCUACAGUAGCCUACGUGCAGAUCUCUUGUUUUUGUUAUCCUUCUACAAUUAUAAUCUGGUAUUAUACCAAGCGUUCCAUUUGACCGCUAAUGGACUCCUUUUUUUUCCUUAGUCAGUUGUUCAGUCGUUUGUUCAGUAACACAUUCAUUGAAAGUUGGCCAUCUCUGGUUUCCAUGCCAACCACUGUACAGGGUGCUGUAGGGGAUAGCUCCUAGGAAGGCCCUUUCCCCCCAUGUAAAUCUUGUGGGUGGGAGACAAAAAAAUUGUGCUUGCUAAAAUUAUGAAUUUUGCAUUAAAAGGGUUAAAAAAGAAAUCAGGUUUGUUUUUGUUAAUUGUAUACUGGUAAGUUUAUAGCUAUAAUUGGCACAUAUCAUAAGAGACAACUAUAUACAUAGUGAGUUUAGUGUGCAUAUACAAAUUAUGUUCCUCCAAAGUGUUUUUAGCUGUAUAAAGUGAUACAACAAAACAAAACAAAAAACUUGAGCCUAAUGUAUGACUGUUACUGGUCAUAAUAGUAUAAAUAUCAGGUUCCUAGGAACUUUGAGCCCUAAGAGAAUGGUUUGGAGCUCCAAAAUUGGCAGUGAUAUAAUAUCACUUGAAAAAUCAGGAGCAGAGGUACCUCCAGAGUGCAACACAGUUUUCAGGAGGCCUGAAUUGCCCUGCCCCAGUGCUCCAGCAACUGCGUAAGGACUCAGAAGGCCAACCAGCUGGGGGAGGAGCCCUCAAACAGAGACACAUAUUCCUUUAGAUAGUGAAGAGGUUUUGCACAAUUUUCACAGGGCACAGAGAUCACGUGGUAUGAAAAUCAGGGAGUCUCAAGCUCAUGUCUCAAAACAGCGUAUCCCCAUAUUCUCAGGAUUUAUCCCAGAAAGAAUACAUUUCCCUAGGGACAGACAGUGCAUUAAUGAAGUAGUGUCAGUAAAAAUGGAUACAGAAAUCCUAUCACAUAGUCUUACAUUUUUAUAGCUUUAUUAAAGAUUAGUUUUAAGUUCACAUUCACCAUUUCCGUUGAAAAUCGAAUGGAGGAACGGGAGAAGAUAGAAGUCUCUACACAGACGUGCUCCUCUUUUUUCUGAGAAUGAAGUAUAACGUUUUUAUCAUAAACCCCAUGUCCUAUAAAUCCUUCUUCCAUUCCAAAAUCCCUAUCACAUUCUGUGUUUCUGGAAGUGAUCUGUCGCAGUGCCUGAGAUACAGGUCUUAUUUCUGUUUAAAUUUGUGAGGACUCCUAACACUCUGUCCUAUUAGAGGUAGUUAGCUUGCAGAAUUUUCCUGUGCCUUGUGAGACUGGUGUAGAUUGACUCUCGACAAGGGGAGGAUUACCCAAGAAGUGUUUCUGGAGGCAUGCUGUAUUUAAACAAACUCAGAGCCUUUGGAAACAGCAGCUUAUUCCAUUUAAAGUGCUGCUAAGGGGCUUGCAGACAAGGUCUCUGGCUAACCUUGGUCUUCAAUACCCAUUGUGACCCUACUCGUACCCCUAGUUCCCACACAGGUUGUAUUUAGUACUUCAGAAUGUAUCACUACUGGGCAAUAAAUACUCAGAAAUUCAGGCCAUGAAGGGUCAGAUUAGAGCAAAAAAAUUUUAGGUGAGCUAUCCAGGGCUCUCAACUUCAGGGUUUAUAGGAAAAACCCCCUUCAGAACUUCCCAUGCUCUAGUCCCGACUGCCAGUUUCCUCUAGGGGGUCUUCUAAGACUCUUAGAAGAGUAUUACAGUAGGCAUUUCACAUUGGAGAUGGUCUCUAGCAACAAGUGUGAGUUCCAGCUGAGAGCAAGUGCUUUUUUUUUUCUUUAAUUUUCUUACACAUUUGCCAUCAAAAUAUAUUCAUUUCACUAAUGUAUUAAGGACCUGCAAGAAAAUGAGCUAAAACCAGAGCAGUUAUUUUUUGAUAGUUUAAAAAUAAUCGAGAGAAUUGUAAAUCGAGAUGUUCUGUCUACUUGAGUCGUGGAAAUUCUGUGCUACAAAGGGCCUUAUAUAAUUAGGUGAUCCUGUCCUUUUCUAGGGGAGAAAACAAAUCUAUAGGUAAAAUGACUUUUCUAACACAUACAGAGCCAGUUAGUAACAGAAUUCUGAGUAGAAUACAGUUUUUUCUCUUAGCCCGUUUUUCUACUUCUCUUCCCUUUUUUCCCUUAUAGUUGAGCAGCUUUUGGAAAAAUGUGUUUCUUAUAGCAGUAGUUCCAAGGGAUGUUUAUUAGAUGUUAUAAGAGACAAAAGUGUGCAUGGGGAAGGGGACUCUGUGGUCAAUUAAAAUUGAGGAAUGCUGAGAUUGUUUCCUUUCUGUAGGACUUCUAAGAGUUUUUAGUGUGCUGUUACAUAUUGUGAAUUUAUGAGGGGACAAAGACUGUGUUUACUAGACUUAUUUGACCUUACACUGCAACCCACCCCCCGUCCCCUGCCCCCAUCCUUUUAGUAGAGCUUCUUCAAGGACUAUUGGUCCUUUGGGAAACAUGGCUCUUGAGUAAGUUUACAGCUCUUUUAGGAGACAUCCUUAAUGGAAAUUCUGAAUGGUAAAUCUAUUACCACAGUACCACAUAAACUAUAAUAAAUCUCAAAGUUUAGUGAGAUACCAGAAAGAAAACAUAUUUGCCAUUCAGAGCUAUACGUAAAGUAUAGAGAUUCUUUUCCACCUAUGGUGUGUAAAAUCAGUAUUUGUGUUUAGUUCUGCAAGUUUUUCAAGGAUCUGUUAAUGUGCAAAUACAGUGGUGAUCUAUUGAUGAUACAUUUUAAUAAUGCUUUUGUAUGUCACUUUUUUGUUUUCAGACUGCUUUCAUAACAACCUUGUGAGAUAGGCAGGUGUUAAGUAUUAUCAAAUGAGGCACUGGAGGCUCAGAAAGGUUUUUUUGUGAUUUUUCCCUUAAGUUUAUACCACAAAGUGAUGGAGCCAGAAUUCAUUUGCAGGACUUCUGACUCCAAGUCCAGAGUUCUUUACUCCACACCUGGUUUCUUAUUUUUCUUCUGGCUUUAUAUCUUACAAUUGAAAGGUGUGGAAGGCGAAUCUUAAAGUAGUAUCAUUUUGGCCUACUAUCAAAUCCUAUUUCUUUUUUAUUGCAGUGACCCAGAAAGUGUAACUCUCAUUAGAGCUAUCCCAAAGAAAACCCUUCUUUUGUCUUUUGCAGUGCCACUUGUUUGGGUGACUAAAUACGUUUCAAAUACCAUUUGAUUCGAAAACCAAGCUUGGAUACAUAGUUGUAAUUGCUUAUGUAACUUUUGGAAAAGAUAUCCUCUGCAUUCUCAGGCAAAGUAGAGAUGGUUUGAAAGCGGAAAAGUUUAUUCAAAUACAACAGUACAUAUUCUUUAUUCUCACACAGAUGCUACUUAGCUUUAACUUGCUUUGACAACCUUCUAAUGUAACCUCUUUGUAAAUGUGAAAUAUUUAUAUUUUGAAAUAAAAUUACUAGUGUUGAAUGAA